UUUUCAUUUUCAUGUUGAAACCUUGACUCUCACAGCUCUCAAAACCAUUUUUCUCCAUAAUUAUGUUAUAGUUUUAUUUUUUAUCUAUUACGUUAUAACAUUAUUUUUCAAAUUCAACACAUUCAGCAUAUUACGACAAAUAGUUACUAUUAUUAUUCAUACACCGUCUUAGUACCACCUACAGUCAUGACAAGUGAAAGUAGUCCAGAGGAAAUCCUUGCUUUUUGGUUUGGUCCUCACGGUGAGGAGCGUCCUUUUUGGUUUUCGUCUACCCCUUCAUGGGAUGCCAAAAUCCGACAACGGUUCUUGCAACAACAUGAGAAGGCUGCAAGUGGGGUGUACGCUGCCACGUGGACACUGGAGCCAAGGUCCACCCUCGCCUUGAUCCUCCUCCUGGACCAAGUGCCCAGAAACAUUUUCAGAGGCAGUGCCCGACAGUAUGCGACGGGGGCGGAGGCGUUAGAAGUCGCAAAGAUCGCCCUAGCUCGAGGUUUUGUCAACGAUUUGAAACUGGACGCAGAGAAAAAGUUUUGCAUCAUGCCCUUCUGCCACUCUGAAAUGUUGGAGGAUCAGGAUCAAGCUGUAGAGCUGUUUAAGGUGUUUAAAAAGAGUCAACCAGGGUGGUACGAAUAUGCGAAAGGUUAUCAUGAAAUCAUUCGAAGGUUUGGUCGAUUUCCUCACCGGAAUCAUAUUCUCGGCCGGAAGAGCACGGUGGAAGAACUAGCCUUUCUUGGCAAGCAUUAAAUAGUUUGUAAUGCUCAUUAUUCAAAGUAAUUGAACGUAUUACGAUUUCUAUUAUCAGUAUGUACUUUGGUGUUUGCGGAUAUUUUACUUGAUAAGUAAGCAUUUUACUAAUUUUUUGUUUGUUUAGCUGAAAUAAAUUGAAUAUCUCAAGUUGCAGAU